GCAGGCCCCAGAGGCGGAGCCGGAAGUGGGUCGCUGAGGUUCCCUACCUCUGCGUUCCCUGAGCAGGCGGUUCCCCGGGAUCUGUUCCCGGUCCCCAAAGUCACAGCUUGGUUCUUGGAGACCAGAGACCUCAGCCGGGCGGGGCGGCGCGGGCCGGAAGGACGGCGUCCCGGCCUCGGCCAUGGAGGCUCCCGCGCCGUCCCUCACGGAGGAGGACCUGACUGAAGUGAAGAAGGACGCUUUAGAAAAUUUACGGGUUUACCUGUGUGAGAAAAUCAUAGCUGAGAGACAUUUUGAUCAUCUGCGUGCAAAAAAAAUACUCAGCAGAGAGGACACGGAAGAAAUUUCUUGCCGAACUUCAAGUAGGAAAAGGGCUGGGAAGUUGUUAGACUACUUACAGGAAAACCCCAAAGGGCUGGACACCCUCGUGGAAUCCAUUCGCAGGGAGAAAACCCAGAACUUCCUGAUCCAGAAGAUAACGGACGAAGUGCUGAAGCUACGGAAUCUAAAGCUGGAGCAUCUCAGAGGCCUGAGGUGUAGCAGCUGUGAGCCCUUUGCUGCUGGAGCCACCACCAACUUGUCUAGGUCCAACUCAGACGAAAGUAAUUUUGCUGAAAGCCAGAGAGCAUCCAGUGUCAUGUACCACCCGGAAGGGGAGUCCAGCACUGCUCCCUUCUUCUCCACUGAGUCUGGCCUGAAUUUGCCAGUCCUGGAAGUUGGCAGAACUGAAAACAGCAGCUUCUCUUCAGCCUCGCUUCCUCGACCUGGGGACCCCGGGGCUCCCCCUCUGCCCCCAGAGCUCCGGCUAGAAGACGGUGGAACUUGUGGAAACUCAAGUGAGAUGUUUCUCCCCUUGCGGUCACGUGCUCUUUCACGCCAGUGACUAGUUUUUAAUAGUGA